GACGGACGGUGGCGUUUCGGGCCGUUGUUAGCAAGUCUCACACCUUCCAUCUCCCUUCUGGCGUCAUCGCGCGGGCGAUUCUCUCACCCUUGUCCCCGAAAACUACGGAAUGCGGAGCACAGCGCCGGUUAUACUUCCCUCAUGUGUUAGCUGAGAAGGUCAAAACAGUGAGGCAAACUUCACCUCCAGGGGCAAGAUAUUCCAUAGGCAGAAACAGUGGCAGAGAAGGCUCUGUCAAUUGAAAUUAUGCUUGCUGACUGAAUGCCCAACUCCUUGGAGGAAAAAAUCCAUAAUGGAUCCUAGCUCUGAUUACCACUUUCUUCAUCGUGUUUUGGGGAAAGCUCUACACAUCACAUUGAAAUGUGGCACAUUCCGGGGGAUAUUGCAACAUGUGGAUUCCAAUCAGUGUAUCUUUCUAAACAGAGUUAAGAAUUUGGAAAAUGGCAGAAAUGUACCUGGAAUAAAGAGGUUCUUUGGCUAUGAAAUUGUUAAUGUGGAAUUGCUCGAUGACCUAGAACAACCUGCUGCAGAAAGAAAUUUCACUCCUACUGAAUCCAGGGAAUCUCCACUUACUAAGUUGUCUGAAAUCAGCCAAGGAUCACUGCUGGAUCAAAGCAUCCAUAAAGCUAAUCUUGUUUCCCCAGUGAGCCAGCAACUCUGUUUGGGUAAUGUUAAGUAUAAGUUUUCUGAUGAAGAUAGCGGGGAAGACAUAGAAUAUAUUGUUAUUAAUCAAUUCCAGAAGACAUUUGGUUCUGCUAUGAUGCACAUCAAAAAUCAAAGGGUAUGUAGUAUAGCAGCAGAGGGUGUACAUUUGUGCCGGCAUGGAAAACUUUCUUGGGUACAAGUUGCAACAAAACAUCAGGUUUUCUUAUUUGAUGUUUUUAUUUUGGGAGCUCAAGUGUUCAAGAAUGGAUUACAAAUGAUACUGGAGGACCAGAAUAUUUUGAAAGUUAUCCAUGAUUGUCGCUGGCUCUCAGAUUGUCUUUUUCACCAAUAUGGAAUUGUGCUCUCCAAUGUCUUUGAUACACAGGUUGCUGAUGUAUUACGGUUCUCAAUGGAAACAGGUGGCUACCUUCCACACAGGAUCAGCACCUUACAAGAGUGUUUAAUGCGAUAUUUGAGGCUGCCUGACAAAUGUGUUUCUUUUUUGGAAAGCAAAGAGCGAGCAAUGGAGGAAGAUCCUGAGGUCUGGUUUGUGAGACCCCUUCCACCUGUAUUGUUGAAUGUAUUGGCCCUGGAAACAGUGUAUCUCCUCCGUCUCCGUUUGCUGCUGUUUGAUGAAAUUAUGUCUGAUUUAACAACAUUAGCAGAUAGUUACUUGAAUGCAUUUCGGCAAGGAUCUGCAGAUCCCCUGGGGAGCAUCAAGAUAUCUUCUAUGGAGUUACCAGAAGAACUACGACAACUGGCAGAUCUUUAUAACAUCCGAAGAAAAACUGCAGUGCAAAAGUUCCAGCUCAAUGAGGAAGGUUUCCUUAUCAGAGGAAUGGGGGCAAUAAGAAGAAAAAAGCUAGAGAAUGAACCAUAUCCUAAAACAUACUGUCCAGGUUCUGAUAGACAGGGCAGCUAUAAAAAAUAAGAGAUGGAUAACCAUAAUAAUUAAAAGCCCAUAGUUGGCAAUGAUGAGAUAGGAUCUAAAAUGGAAAGGGGACAUUUCAUGUAUACUGGCGUUGGAAGAGACUAAAACAAAGGGGAAAAUAACCACAAAGAAAGUUCAGUUUU